AUGGAGUGCUAUGAGAGAGCAGUAGGUCCCACCUACAACAGGGGGGGGGUGGUGGGCACGGAUGGCUUCCAGCUGCAGCUGGGGGACACAGCCAGGCAGGAUGAGGACACCAUCCUGCCACACUCCUUCAUCACUGGCAUCCAUGGCUACGUCCUGAUCUGCUCAGUGACAUCCCUGCAGAGCUUCCAGGUGGUCAAGACCCUCCACAAAAAGCUGUAUGAGCCGGGGGAGACACAGGAGGUGCUCAUGCCCAUGGUGCUGGUGGGGAACAAGGCAGACCUGGCCCUGCAGAGCUGGGAAGUGAGGACAGAUGAAGGAAAGGAGUCAUGGGAGUCCAUUUUCCUCGAGUCCUCAGCCAAGGAGAGCCAGGUGACCACGGGGAUCUCCAUGAAGUCACUGAGGAGAUCCACCAGGUGGACAAUUCCUAUGGCAGAUCCACCAGCUGCUGCCUGAUGUGACCCCUGGGAUGGGACAGGACCCCCGGAGGCACCGGACCCUUCCCCAAAACCUUCACCCAAACCACAGCAGUGGCUUUUAGGAAGCCACGGGGUCCUGCUGCGGUUUGGAACCCCUCACUGUACACAGGGGGCUGGGAGCGGGCUGGGGGGUUCUGUCCCAGCCAGGAGCCCCCCAGCUCAUCACCGCUGUCCCCCACAUGCACAAGGACAGGUCUGGGCCGUUCGUGCUGUGGCAGCCAGGGCUGAAUGCGGGUGUUGUUCCCAGCGUGGGGCCGGACCCGUGGGAGUCAGGGCUCAAACAAUUAAACGUUGUUUUGUCCGUAAACCCCUGGACUGGGGGGGCUGUUCCUUGCUGGGGGGAGGCAGCACAUGAGGCCCCCUCCAACACCCCAGCACGGGGGUCUGUCCAACCCUGGAUGUGUUUUGGGGCUGAGCCCCCC